AUGUUUAGGAAGCAUGAGUUGGUGUCUAAAAAUGGGGACUUGGUGAACCGUGUGUGUAAUGCAAAGAAGUCUAGGGUAAAGGUAUCGCAGAUGUAUAGUUGUUUGGCGAAGGAGAAGAACGGGGUGGAUGAAAUGUCAUUUACCCAGAAAGACUUGGAGAAUGCAGUUGCUGAGAAACAAAGACUUGAGCUAACCGAGGGUGAUGCCAAUGGAAUGAUAGAGUACUUCAACAAAAUGAGUGCAGACAAUAAAAAAAAUUUCCAUCUUUGUAGGUUUGGUAAAGAUGGUGCGUUACAAGAUGUUGUUUGGGUAGAUGCGAGGUGUAGAGCUGCGUAUGAAGAGUUUGGAGAUGUUGUCUGUUUUGACAGUACAUACUUAACGAACAAAUUUCACCUUCCUUAUGCUUUAUUUGUCGGUGUGAAUCACCACGGGCAGAGUAUACUGUUUGGCUGUGCAUUGAUCUCUCGGGAGACGGUAGAGACUUACGGUGCUGAGGACAUGGCUACAUUGCAUGGGAGGGAAAGCUCCUACCUCAAUCCUGACGGAUCAAGAUCUGGCUAUUAG